AUUAGAAGAAGCCGUGAAAUAGAAGAAGAUGCAUCCUUUCAACUCCAUCUACCAUCCCAUGGCUGUGUGCUGUGUGGCUCUUUCAAUUGUGAUGAUAGAAGCCAGAGACACAGUCUGCGGCUCGACUUUGAAGAUCCCCAGCAAAUAUCAUGAAACCAGGCCGAGACUCGCCGAUCUAAAUGGAAACAUCAACAAUCGCUCCCUCUCUCCCUGGACCUGGAAAUUAAACCAUGUGGAAAGCCGCAUCCCCAAGACGAUCACAGAGGCAGUUUGCAGCUUUAUGUACUGCCUAAACCCAAAAGCUAGGCCUGGAGUGGCCGAGCUGGAUGAUCGGUUCAACUCAGUACCGAUCCGUCAGAACAUGCUGGUGCUGAAUCACGUUAAGUCACUGAGCUGUUACCAGGCCUCGUUCAUUUCCAUCGUUGUCGGCUGCACUUGUGUAAAAGCAAAGACCAAAUAAUCUUAAUAUACCUUUUGUUGCAGCCAUGCAUGUUUAUGAAACUGUCACAUACGAUGGUCAGGAUUAUUGCAAUAAUGUGCAAUCAUAUUUCAGAUUUUUAAGCAUUGUAUUUUUUAGGUAGGUAACAGACAGACUAAUACAAUAUACUGUGCAUAUACACUAUAUAUAUACGCAUAUACUAUAAAUACCUUUUUAAUGCAGUACAAAGCAUCCUUAAUUGUUAUACUGACCAUUAUAAUGCCAUGCCCUUUUAUAAAUGGUUAUGGACAUGUUUAUAAUACUUUAUGAAUGCAUUUAUAAUGCCUCAUAAUGACUGCAGUGAU